GCACAACCCUUUUGCUGCCGCUUGCAUGUCUCCUGAGCGGUUGUUGGAGACGAAAACACAGUGAUGAUGGAAAAGUUCGUAGGCACGGAUACCUACGGUGUCCAGCGGAAACCGGAGUGCUCUGAGAGUGUCCUGGAUCUGGACUCCGCUGAGGUGAGCAUUAGCCCAGCCUCGAGCGAUGGGGGAGAGGGGAAAGGGGAGGAACCGGACAAAGUGGACAUUUCUCAAAAGCCCCCUUACUCUUACGUGGCCCUCAUAGCGAUGGCUAUCAGGGAGAGCGAGGAGAAGAGGCUGACGCUCAGCGGAAUCUAUCAGUCCAUUAUCACCAAAUUCCCGUACUACGAGAAGAAUAAGAAGGGGUGGCAGAACAGUAUCCGCCACAAUCUCAGCCUGAACGAAUGCUUCGUCAAAGUUCCCAGGGAAGGCGGCGGUGAAAGGAAAGGGAAUUAUUGGACGUUGGACCCUGCCUACGAGGAUAUGUUCGAUAAAGGGAAUUACAGACGUCGGAGACGGGUGAAAAGACCCUACAGACCCCCGUCGGCUCCGUAUUUGGCGGGGAAACCUUACUUGAAUUAUCCUGACGGAUACUACCUGCACCAGAAUCCGAAGUACUUGCAGGCGCCCUUCGUAAGUGGCUCUUGGUCUCUUUCCCAGGCAAGUCAUUUGAGUCAGUCCUCAUCAAUGAACUAUCAGCACCCGCAGUCCGCCAGCGGAGACUCCAGCCCUGUCUCCAUAGAUAGCUAUUGCCAUGGCCAUCUCCAUUCGUCCUACAGCCCCUAUCACCGACACCCGAAUGUGCUAGUGCCCCAUAGCGGUAGCCCCUACGCCGGGAUCGCCCAAUCAGUCAGCCCUGGUGGUGCAGCGUCCACUGGAAGCUACCACCAGUUUUCCUGCGCCUGGCAACCAGACAUGUCCCUGAUGCAUUUUUAUGACUAGAGGUCAAUAUCGGACUUCAAGCUGUUUGGCCAAGUAGUGCAUUCAGCUAUGUAUAUAUUUGUUUGAACGUUUUUUCUGUUUAUGGCAGUCAAAACCGAAUUUCACAUGGGAGGCUGAAACGAUGGGAAACGAAGGUUCCAUAGGCCACCCUUAUUUUGCGACUCGUUUAAGACGUGUACGGAUGUUAAAAUCAGAUCCUUGAAUCCACAGAGACACUAAACGCUUUAAUAAAAGCAAAGAAAGUCUUGAAGGCUAAAUGAAACAUACGAGGUUCUCAUGUUGGUGUUAUACAAUUUCGUGUUUUGAGGAGGCAUGUACAAGUAACUAACUGUUAUAAAUUGACGUUCAAGACGUGUUAUAAAGGGCAAGGUCUUUAUAAUGAAAACGACACAUUCCUGCUGAAUCACAACGACAGGUUUUAGUUUAACAAAAUGUUUUUCGAACAAACUUAAGGGCUUUGUGUUUAAAUGUUAUUAUUUGUUUGAAAAUGUAUUUUUAAAAACUCGUUCAAUGACCAUUGCCAAUGUUGUCGCAAAGCUGACAAUAGUGCCAGAUUCGCUUGCUCUUCAGUUUUUGUUUUUCACGUUUUAUCACGUUUUUGUUUUAAACGUUUUAUUCACGUUUUAGCACAUUAAAGUGCAACUACUUUUAUUCUGACAUGCAAACCUUGAUAUGUAGGACUGUGGAUGAAUUGCCAGCAAUAACAUUGUUCCUUUGUGUUUCGUUGUUCCCGACUUUCAGAAUUUAGAAUUGU